AUGGUAUUGGGUAUAAGCUCCAAGAACAGGAGAGGUUCAUCGAUACAAGUGCAUUACCUGAUCAACAUUCACGAGAUCAAACCUUGGCCUCCCUCUCAGUCCCUUCGAUCACUGCGCUCUGUUGUCAUUCAGUGGGAGAACGGUGACCGCAAUUCUGGAACUACAAAUGUCGUUGCUCCUUCUCUUGGCUCUGUCAUCGGCGAAGGCAAAAUCGAGUUCAACGAAUCAUUUAAGCUUCCUGUGACCUUGUUCAAAGACGCCUCUGCUCGGAACAACAAGAGCGGCGAUGUGUUCUUCAAGAACGUCUUGGAGCUCAACUUGUACGAGCCUCGCAGAGAGAAAACACAUCAGCUCUUGGCAACUGCAACCAUUGACCUGGCGGAUUAUGGUAUUGUCAAAGACAGUUUGAGCUUAACUGCUCCGAUGAACAGUAAACGAACCUUCUGGAAAACAAGUCAGCCUGUUUUGUACCUCACUAUUCAACGCAUUGAUAGACGCCAGGCCAAGGAGGAAGCUGCAAAUGGUGGUGAAUCUGUUUCUGCCUUGAUGAACGAGGAAUACUAUAAGGAAGCUGAGAUUGCUUCCAUCACAGACGACGACGUUUCCUCCCGCUCCUCCUUGACUGUUUCAUCUUCAAAUGGUGCCCUUUUCGAAGAACAUGAGAGGCUCAACAAGAGUUCCAAACGAAAUGGCCACGGGAGAUCCCAGUCAGCAUCUGAGAGCAGACAAGGAGAUAUUGCGUCACGUUCCUCAUCUCUGGAUCUAUCUUCUGUGUUUACAACCGAUCCUAAGGAGACCACUAAGUCUAUGCCUUUCCAAAUCGAUGAUCACUCGGAAAAUGCUUCGCCUCGAGCUUCUGAGAAUAGCCAAGAUUUGAUGAGUGAUCAGGAAUCAGAGUGCAGAGUUGAGAAAUCAAGAACGGUGAGGUCUGUUCGAUCAUCCUUGGAUAUUUCCAGGAGCAGUAGCCGAUUGAGUUUAUCCAGAGAAGCUAAGGUGUAUCCAAAGUCUGCACGGGACACAAGUUUGGAGAGCAAAGUCAAGAGCUUGGAAAGUAAGGUGAAGAAGCUUGAGGGUGAGUUAUGUGAGGCUGCAGCCGUUGAAGCAGCGCUCUACUCCGUGGUUUCAGAGCAUGGAAGUUCGUCAACUAAAGUCCAUGCGCCUGCUAGACGUCUUUUGAGGCUGUAUCUUCAUGCUUGCAGAGAAACCCAUUCGAGAAGAGCUAAUGCAGCCAAAAGUGCUGUCUCCGGGUUGGUUCUUGUCGCCAAAGCGUGUGGAAAUGAUGUCCCUAGAUUGACAUUUUGGUUGUCAAACACUAUCAUCCUGAGGGCGAUCAUAAGUGAUACCAGUGCAGAAGAGGAACUACCUGUUUCCUCUGGUCCUGGACCGAGGAACUACCUUGGUCAGAGAGAAGAAACCGAGAAGCGACCAUCCUUGAGGUGGAAAGAUUCUUCUUCUCUGAGCAAAAAGGACAUUGAGAGUGUUGGUGCGUGGGAUGACCCUAAAACAUUUGUAACAGCGCUAGAGAAGGUCGAAGCUUGGAUCUUCUCACGCGUUGUAGAAUCCAUAUGGUGGCAGACUUUGACACCACAUAUGCAGUCCUCGGCAGCAUCCACUAGAGAGUUUGAUAAAGCCAAUGGUUCUGCGUCAAAGAAAAACUUUGGCAGAACUCCAAGCUGUAUGAACCAAGAACAAGGUGACUUUUCAUUAGAGCUUUGGAAAAAGGCUUUCAGGGAUGCACAUGAACGUCUAUGCCCUGUGAGAGCUAGUGGGCAUGAAUGUGGUUGUUCGCCGGUGCCUGCGCGUCUGAUAAUGGAACAGUGUGUGGCUCGGCUAGAUGUGGCAAUGUUCAAUGCUAUCCUUCGUGAUUCUGAUGAAAAUUUCCCAACAGACCCUGUCUCUGAUCCCAUUGCAGACUCCAGGGUCUUACCAAUUCCUUGUACAACAUCAAGUUUCGGUUCAGGUGCCCAGCUGAAGAACUCGAUAGGAAACUGGUCCAGGUGGCUCAAUGAUCUAUUCGGCAUCGAUGACGAAGAUGAUGGCAGCAGCGAUGAGAAUAGCUACGUUGAGAGAUCGUUCAAGACUUUCAAUCUUCUCAAGGCAUUAAGCGAUCUAAUGAUGCUUCCAAAAGAUAUGCUCCUCAACACUUCUGUGAGAAAAGAGGUUUGCCCAAUGUUUGGUGCACCGUUGAUCAAGAGAGUGCUGAAUAAUUUUGUGCCGGAUGAGUUUUGCCCUGACCCAGUUCCUCAUGGUGUACUUGAAGCUCUUGAAUCCGAGGAGGAAGCUGAGAAGGGUAUGAUCACGAGUUAUCCAUGCACUGCACCUCCUCCCGUGUACUCUCCACCUUCAGGGGCUUCAAUCUCCACUAUGAUUGGAGACUUUGGACAGGCUCAGGCGCCGCAGUUAUGCAGAAUCAGGUCUUCGGUCACAAGAAAAGCAUACACAAGCGAUGACGAGCUUGAUGAGCUGAGUUCACCGUUGGAUGUUGUUGGACUUCAGCAGGCAGUCAAUGAUGGCUGUGCGGAUGAGACAGUCAGGUAUCAACUUCUCAGGGAGUGUUGGAGGAACGGCGAAUGA